GGCAUUAUGGGAUAUCAAAGUCCUCCGGCGGCGCGGUGCCGCCAUGUCUCCAAGAGAGAAGCGGUUCAUAGCGUUUAGCUCUAUCGUGAUAUUCUGUCUACUUGUGUAUUAUAUUCCAACCUUUUUUUAUAUAGCUUUCAUUCUUGGAGUUUGUUGCGUUGCCUGUAUUUAUCACAGCGGAGAAUCACUCAACGCUAGGUUAGGCCCUCAUCCACGCCAUGGUCUGACUAUUCCACCCGUGCUGCGACGCUGGUUGCCAGAGAUUGCGAACGGAUUACCCACAGCGGGGAGAGUCAGAAGUCGCACCGUCAAGGGUGAUAUUAGGGAACCGCUAGUAUUAACCGACCAAAGACGUUCCGAGAGCGCUAUUUAUCGCAAAGUCGCGGGACACAGCGACUCAUUUCUGUUAAGCCCUCGGGAUAUACUAAUGGGAAGUUACAUUGGGAAGGCAGAAAGUCCUCCCUCAGUUGUUGGGAGGCCGCGAGCCGAUGCGAAUUCGCGUGUUAACCCAAACGCACGAGAACAACUGCGCGAAAUAUUGGCGCGACCAAACCACGCUGUUUAUACUCCGAACAAAAGACUGUCAUUCGGGAGGGAGCCCCUUGGCAUGAUGGGCAGGUUCACCAUAACUCCCCAGCGCCACUACCCCCUCCAGCAGACCGGCACAUCCUCUGUGGGCAUCCUGCCCCCUGCCCAGUGGGACAGCUUCAGAAAGAAGAACAUUCUCACCCCUCGCAACUCCCCGGCAGUCCACAGUCCAGUCACAGUGAAGAUUGCUAGGCCAGAUCGUAACACCACUCAAUCCCCUUUCUUUGAUCAUUUGAACUCCCUGGGAAUCCUUGGUUCUCCAGGCCUGGGGGCCCCUGCAGACCCCUGCUCCAGGGAGACUGUUCUGAGCGUGCUCAAAGAGAGCCGCAAGAGAGAGGUGGACAAUGAAGAUGACAGGAGCUUCACUGCAGGGCAAAAGAGCAAAAGGAGGCGUCAUGACAGCAGUGGGAGUGCUCACUCGGCAUUUGAGCCACUAGUGCCCAAUGGAGCUCCUACACAGCUGGUGCCCAAGCCUGGUACGCUGAAGCGAGGACUGAACGCUAUGAUGGAGGAGUCAACAAUGAAGAAGUCGCGCACCUCCUCCAUCAGUUCUGUGAGCUGUGGCCUAACCCCCAGCGGCACCCUGGGCUCGGUCCGCAACUCCAUCCGCAGCUCCCUCAGCUCCUCACAAGGCUUUGCUCAGCGGAAAAAGGCCUCCACUCGCAGCCUCUCCCCACUCUCCAGCCCUGAGUCAUCCCGCUCCCAGACCCCAGAGAGAGCCUCUAAAAAGCCCAGGGAAGAGGAUGCUCGCUCACCCAGCUCUGCGUCCUCGGCGAGGUCUGACAAAGCGUUGAUGGACCCAGCACCCACCACUGAAAAACUGACUCCGGCCCCCGAGGUCCAUGUGGCGUCAGACUCUGCCGGUAGUGGGAAACGGAAACGCAAGAUUCAGCUGGUGUCCAGUCGUAGAGGAGACCAAAUCUCUCUGCCUCCACCUCCUGAGCUGGGCUACACCAUCACUGUGAAAGACCUGGAUCAGGAGAAGAAAGCCGCUCUCAGCCAGAUCAACACAGUCCUUGAAGAGUGUGUUCCAGAGAAAUCUGUGUCAGCUCCAGUAGUGACUACAUCUUCUCAACCUCCUGUGUCAAGCGACCCCACACCCACCCUAGCCACCCUGCUGGCCAGCCCUCUUUCCAUAUCGACAUCUGCCAGUGUGGUGGCUCCUAUCCCUGUGAUCAACCUGGAUCCUGUCCCCUCAAGCACAGCUGCACCCGUCACCAUCCCCCCCUCAGCCAACCCCCUCCUGGAGUCUCUUAAAAUGAUGAGGAACAACGCCCUCGCCAGUGCUGCUGCCACCACUGCAGCUCCGGCUGUCUCCUUGGUGAAAGUAUUGAUGACUUCUGCACCACUGGGGACUUCUGCUCUGCAGGCAGAGACCAGCUUGACUGCUCCUCAGCCCACACCAGCCUCCUCCUUCCAGCCUGCCCCAACCUCCCUCUCCCAGCCUGCCAGCACCAUGCCCUCUGCUUUCAUCCAGGUGCUGAGCCAAGUCACCAAGGCCCCCAGCAGUGUCCCCACCCUGGGUGGAGCUAGCUUGUUUGGCCUGGCCAACACACUGACGGCCCCUUCCUCCUCACUGGCCACCACAGAAACAACCAGCAGUAAUAAUCCCCUCCUGGCCUCUGUUUUCAAGCCCAUCUUCGGGCCUGCGACCCCAGCCUCCUCAGCCCCAGAGAGCACACCUGCUGUCCCAACCUUUAAGCCCAUAUUUGGAAGUGCCACAGCCAACAGUGCUUUUGGACAGCCAGCCGCUACCUCAGCCACCUCCACAGCUAGUGCAUCUGCUUCAUUGCUCAGCGGGCUCGCCAACAGCAGUACAGUGGCCCCUGCUGCCUCCCUGUUCACUGGGGUGUCCAGCAGCACCGCUCCUGCCCCAGUGCCCUCCGCAGUCCCAGCCGCCCCGCCAUCUGUCAAGACUCUGUUUGGAAACUGGAGUGCGCCGCCUGCAAUGACCUCUGCCACGACCAUUGCCCCUUCCACAGGAAGUACUUUUCAGUUCGGCGCCACCUCCACCACAGCUCCUGCACCCACCCUCAGCUCCACUGCAGCCGCCACCACUUGCAACAACGGCUUUUCGUUUGGUGCCAUGACCACCACCUCUGCUGUCACUCAACUCGCCCUCCCAGCCACCGUCCAGGGGGGAUUUACCUUUGGUCAGGCUGCAGCCACCCAAAACUCUACCACCGCAUCCUUCAGUGGCUUUGGCAUGGCCACUGCAGCCACUACUACUGCUGCAGCACCUGCAAUCCAGUCCACGUUCACGUUUGGGAAGUCGUCGUUCGACGCCUCAGCAGCAUCAGCGUUCCCUAGCGCGACUCAGGCCCCGGCUGCUGCUAUUGCAACAGCUAAUCCUUUCACAUUUGGGUCAGCUGGGGCCACCCCUGCCCCCUUCGCUUUUGGUGCAGCUGCCACUACGGCAGCUUCUACAUUUGGGACCCCUACUAAGCUGGCAUUUGGAGCCAGCUCUACAGGUUUUGCAUUUGGCAACGCCGCGGCUGCCCCAGCAGCCCCUGCCUUUGGCUCUGCCACUCAGACUGCCGGCACACUCCCAGCCUCCGCCCCAACCUUCUCGUUUGGUGGUGUGUCUGCACAGCAAGCCCCCGCUACCCCUGUCCAGCCAACCACCGGAGGAUUCAACUUCGGCGCAGCAAUUUCAGGCACUCGGUUUGGAACACCCAAUCUCACAACACAGACACCAGGAUUCAACUUCGGGGCUGCUGCUAGUGACAAGCCAGCCUUCGGGACAUCUACCCCUACUUUUGGCCAGAGCACUGCUGCGGGUCCUAUCGCCUUUGGAAGCCCAGGAACUCCAGUCCAAGGAUUCAGUGCUUUGGCACCCUCAGCAUUCGGCUCUCCAUCAACUCCCUCGUUCUCCAUUGGCGCUGGCUCCAAAACGUCAGGGGCACGCCAGAGGCUACAGGCCCGAAGGCAGCACCCCAGGAAGAAAUAGCCUUGCCAAGGCAGGUAGCGCAUGGCUUGGAAGCCCUUACCCAUUCAGCACUGCUAUCGACGACACCCAUUACACCCUCCAGAGGAGCUGAACUGAUGCUAUUGCUAACACAGCUUUCCAUUGUAACCCCAGUCAGACCAACAGGCCUCCCCCACCCUGCUGUUCCCCUGGCCGGCCUGGGCUGGCCUGCUUUGUGGUACAAGGCUAGCAGAGGCGCACACGGCCCUCCUAGGAUGCCUAUUGCUCUGACAGUGUAGCCACUCUCCCAGGAAGGAUCAGAAAGGGGGAUAGGAGGCAGAACGAAACAAUGUAUUAUACUUGAAAGACAAAAGACUUUUGAAAUCCAUUUGACUUUAAGUGUAGCAUAUCCAAUCCAAACAACUUUUCCCCCUGCUUUUUGGAUUUCCCCUACUAGACCUGUUUAUGACCCGUUUUUGAUUUGCUAACAGAGCAGGAUUUGUUCAGAUCCGACACGCUUCUCACUCACUUUGUUUUUGUAUACAAUUCUAAGCAGGACUGUGUGUUAACGGCUAUACAAGGGCUGAACUGUUUUUUUGGACGUAUGCCCACGGUCAAAAUAGGGUUCACGUCAAUAUGAUCUGCAUGGACGUAUCCAGCUGUACAUGGCAACCAUAAUGUAUAGGAGAUGUUGACAGUUUUUAGAUAAUGAAUUGUGUUUAUUUUACAUGUAAAGAGUUUCAAUUUGGAUUCCUAAAGGCUGUUUCACUCAGUUAAUGAAGACUGGUAUUUUGAAUGAGUGCUUAGUGUAGUGGUCUCAGAUAUGCCCUUGUAUUAUUGUACAAUGUCACAGGCACUGGGAAGCAUUCCUACAAUGGAAUUUGUUCUACUCGUUUGAUCCUUAAUGACAGAAUAAGGUGAACAAUAAAAUCCUUUGAUAAACAUAAUUUAUGUUUAACCGAUCUGGGGAUGGCAUUAUGAUCAUGUGGAGUCCCAGGGUAGUAGUCAUUCGUGGGUCGAUAUUGUGUUGGUGUAAAUGGGCUACCCUGGACAUGCGCUAAAAACCAAAGGUCUGACCUACAAAAUAUUCUCUUCUGCCACCGCUUAAGUCCUUUUCUCUACUCCUGCUAUCGCCAUAGUGAAGAUGGGAGGUGGGGACAUUCAUUACCGAUCAGGGAGCUGUUUGAGAACGUUAACAAAUCCUUCCUCCUUCCCUUGAAGUAACUUCUGUGGAUUGUAUUCCGUUGGAUGGAAAAAAGCAAGUUACUGCAGCUUCCACUUAUCCUAACCUAGUGAAUUACUUCAAAGGAGAGGAUGUAAGGAUGCGUUUUGAAUGUGGUCAGAGCAGUUGUGUGCUAUGGGAGGGAUGGGUAUGGUGAUCCUGGCGAGCCAUAGAUGCAGGGUUUUUCCCCAGCCCAACACUGAAACACCAGAUUCAACUAGUCACAGUCUUGAUUAAAGACCCUGUUUGAUCGGUUAAAUACAGCGUUGUGUUCCCCACCAACAUGGCACAGAACAAUGUAUGUCUUGAAAGCCAGUCCCCACCUUCACACACAGCCCCCAUAAGAUCUAUCAUAGAGUUCUGACUGGCCAUGAUAGAAACUAGAAACAUCUGGGGGACUGUACCACAAUACCCCUGCAUUUGUAUACUACCAAGACAAAGCUGAGUGCAUUUAUAAAACGAACUGAGCUUGGUGCUCACAUGCAUUGAAGAUGGACAUACUUGCGCCUUCAGCAGUCAAACCGCUUUCCCCUCCCUUGUAUGAUUCCCUUCAAGUCUUUUCUGGUGUUUUUUUGCUUAUUACUGUUUUUGCCUCGGUGAGUCUGGCUUGGAGGAAAUAAUGUGGUGAAUGGCGGCAUAUUGGUAGUGCCGGACAUGGGUUUUACCUGCACGUUCAAUGGGUGAGGUUAAAAGUUUUGUUGACUUUUUAACAAUUUAAUGAUGAAUGUGUUUGGGUGUGACUAUAACUAGAUUCACAAAUGUGCACAGCAGGAGAGGUGUUCUUGUCAUUAAUGCUGGAUUGAAACUCAGGACUAAAGGAACUGGAGGGGAAUUAUCUUCUUUCAAGUCAAACUUAACCUCUUUGUUGUGCGCUAAACAUUUUACUAACGAUGUAGGUUACAAAAAUUACCUCGGGUGUUGAAUCGGUUAUUAAUUGGUCCACCCCUCUUGAGACAGAACUAGGAUUUUGAAUACUAAUUUUUAAUCAGAACUUCUCCUGUUCGAGCCAGUUAGUGUUUGGAAGAGGUGUGUGUGUGUGUGUGUGUGCGUGGGGCAUGAUUUGACUAAAUAGUGGCAAUGAAUGCUAAACAUAAAAAUAAAAAAAACGCACAAACUUUAUUUUUGUAUUAAAGAAGGUUGCCUUUUAGAAUUCCUUCAAGCUUGGCUCACUGGCGCAAUUGGUCUAUAGUUAUUGAAUUACUUUUAAUUUGUUAAUCUUUACUCAACCGUAUUGCAAUGGUGGAAUAAAAGCGUCUAAAGGUUUCCAUUUGGAAGAGCUCCACUUUUUAUAUACAAGAGCGUACUGGGUCUGCUAGUGUAUGUGAACGCUGUUUGUCUGAUCAUUGUGUACAGUACAAACCUGACACGUGAAUUGUCACUUUAGAGCGUGAGACUGGCUUCGCGUGUGGCUGAGUGUAUAGAAAAAUACUGACGUUAAUGUUUUUUGUGCUGGGACACACAAGUACCCUGUUCAUUUAAAAGAAUAAUCUAUUUCAAUAUGCAGCAUUAUUCCAGAAUGCCAUUUAUGUAUGAUACCCAUGUUUUGUGUUAUACCUAAUCCCUUUAACAAUUGAUAACACCCCACCUCAGUUAUUUGGAUGUGAAGUGAGAAAUGAAGUCUGCCCAGUGGUCAUUUUGACUGACAGCUUUUGAAAGAAGACUGAUGCAUGCUUUGCUCAUUUACCAGGCUUGUUUUUAUAUCUUGUGAGAAAAUGUUAUUGUAUCGUGAAAUAUGUUUAUGACAUGGUUGGGAAAUGUGGUGAUGGCCACCUUUUUGUUCAAGUGUUUGUUCCCAUAGAUGGGGCUUAAUUAUUAUGUUAUUGUUGAUUUCCGGUAUGCACAAUUGAAAAGCACAAACAUUGAAUGUAGUAUAAUAUUUAGUACUCCGAUUUGUAAUUUUUUCUGUUCAUAAUUUGACUUUGUGCUUUACCCAUUUAGUACAACAUUGAUGUCCUUCAGUAGUUCAGCAAAUCCGCAUACACUUAAGUCAUUUGUAAAUUGAACAUCGUCAUUCAGCCUUAUGCAGAGCUGUGUAAAUAAGUAUAGGUGUUUUAAUUUGACUUAUUGUGGCCAUACUUAACCUAAUGGAUUUAACCAAGGGCUCAGGCUAUUCCAUGUGUUUCUUUUUUUGUUGUCAAGUCAUUUGGUGCCUCUAUCUUAAAUGUUGACUUUUGAUAAUAUGACAGUGUUUUUGAGAGCUGGAUGUCUUAACGGCUGCAUUGGACCUUUUAUCUCAAUAUCAAAUAAUUUCAGGGCAGGCCAAAAAUCCAUCCCACCCACAGACUGAAAUUCCAGGUGGUCCUUUUGAAGAUUCAGUGUUUAACCCAUAAGUCUAAGCCCUGUAAAUAAAAUUAUUUGAGCAAUUA